AUGACCACAAAGAGUGCAAACAAGGAUGCAGAGUGGUUCUCCGCCGACGAACUGGCAGCUGCACGCGAGGAAUAUCUACAAGAGCAGGAAAAGGAGCAGCCGUCGUCUCAGGUCAAACUACGAUAUGCCAUUGCACUUGCAAAAAGCCGCAAGCGUGACGACAAAUAUCGGGCUAUUGGUUUAUUGGAAGAUUUAUUGGAACAAAGUUAUGCUCUUAAAGAGAGUUUGUACUGGAUUGCAUUGACACUGUGUGGACUGGGCGAGUAUCGUGCUAGUCGCAGCUACUGCGAACGUUUGCUACGGAUUGAGCCGUCACAUAUGAAGGCCCAAUUGCUACACAAGAGGAUCAAAGAGGUUGUAACAAAAGAAGAUGGAGCCGUUGGUGUAGGUAUUUUUGGCGCUGUGGUCGUCGCAGGGCUGGUACUCAAAUUUUUGCUUAAAAGAUAA